ACAAGCAACCCGCAACAACCAAAAAGCCCGCGGCAAGAGGGAAAGAACACGAGCGAGGGAAGAACCCUCGGCGGGAGAGCCCGUUUCUUCUCAGAGACACGGUCCCGCUCGCAGCUGGUCCCAAUGCAACUGCUUAUCCUCCUCCUGCUCUACGCCGUCGUCUGUGCGAACUUUUGCAGCCGUCAGGGGACCACCGCCCCUGCCCAGAGCGGAUCUAUAAAAGCCCUGCGGGCUUCCAACAUCAGGCGAGAUGAGAGCAAUCACCUCACAGACUUGUACCGAAAAGAAGAGACCAUCAGCGUGGCAGGGAAUGGCUGCAUCCACAGUCCUCGCUUCCCCAGCAGCUACCCCAGGAACCUCCUACUGACGUGGCGGCUCCACUCCCCAGAGAGCACCAGGAUCCAUCUGGCUUUUGAUAAUCAGUUUGGACUGGAGGAACCUGAAAAUGAUAUCUGCAGGUAUGACUUUGUGGAAGUGGAAGAUGUAUCAGAGACCAGCACAGUUAUACGAGGACGGUGGUGUGGACACAAGGAAAUACCUCCAAGAAUAACAUCAAGAACAAAUCACAUAAAGAUAACCUUCAAAUCUGAUGACUAUUUUGUGGCUAAACCUGGAUUCAAGAUAUGCUACUCCCUUGUGUGUAGCUCGAAAGAGACAGAUUUUGCAAACACUCAGGAAAUGGAUGAUUUCCAGCAUGCAGCCUCAGAAACCAACUGGGAGUCAGUCACAAGCUCUGUCUCAGGGGUAUCCUAUCCCUCUCCAUCAGUGACUGAUGCUACGCUCACGGCAGAAGCACUGGAUCAAACCAUUGCUGCAUUUGACACAGUGGAGGAUCUGCUCAAACACUUUAACCCGGACUCCUGGCAAGAAGAUCUUGAGAAUCUGUACACAGACAGUGGCCACCAUUAUCGAGGCAGGAGCUACCACGACAGGAAGUCCAAAGUUGACCUGGACAGGUUGAAUGAUGACGUGAAACGUUACAGCUGCACCCCGAGAAACUACUCUGUCAAUUUAAGGGAGGAACUGAAGCUGACAAAUGUAGUUUUCUUCCCCCGCUGCCUCCUUGUCCAGCGCUGUGGAGGAAACUGUGGCUGUGGGACUCCGAACUGGAAAUCUUGCAUGUGCAUGUCAGGGAAAACCGUGAAAAAAUAUCAUGAGGUGCUGAAAUUCGUCCCUGAGGCUGGGCAUACCAGAAGAAAAGGCAGAAUCAGGAACAACAUGGCAUUAGUUGAUAUACAGCUGGAUCACCAUGAGCGUUGUGAUUGCAUCUGCAGUUCAAGACCACCCCGAUAAAAAAAAAAAGAGAGAAAAAAAAAGAAAGAAAGAGAGAGGAAGAAAGAAAGACACAAACAAAAAAAAAAGACACACUAAUUGCAUUUUACCGGAUGUUUACUUUUAAGCAGGAUUGCUCUGAGGACCUUUACUCGCUAAUCAUUUGAAAUUUGCUACUAGCCUGCCUUUGCAAUUAGCAAACAUGAUCUCUCUGUUUCAGCAUAGCUGUGCUGAUUAGUGCCAUGGCAACUAAACAGGUAUAUCAUAGGUUUAUAUAUCAGCAUCCAAGAAUAUAAGAUUAUGGUUAUCUGUAGCUAGAUUCUGAGGGUUGAGAUUUUAAAAGCUCAGUUGCAGUCCUUAGGCACACAAUGCGCACUGAAAUUAAACACCAGGUGCAUAGGUAUUUGUUGUAGCUGGCAAUGAAUCAUAGAAUCGUAGAAUCAUAUAAUCAGCUGGGUUGGAAAGGACCUCUGAGAUCAUCAAGUCCAGCUCUUGA